AUGGUAGCAACUUCAUUGGCGCUUGCACCCGAAUCAAAGGGCCGGCCGUGGGUUUUGGUUAUACCUUUUUGUUUCCCUGGUGAAACAGUUCGUGUCAAGGUGCAUCGUCAUGAGAGAAUGCACUCACUUUGCGACCUCUUGGAAGUUGUGGAACCCAAUUUGGAGGUCAGAGAUGAGAACUUGGUGAAAUGUAAAUACUUCAGGACAUGCGGAGGGUGUCAAAGUCAGAUGGUUCCUUAUACGACACAACUAAAAUUCAAAAGAGACGUUGUGAUUAACGCAUACAAAAAAUACUCAAAACUCCCUGAUUCUGAGGUUCCCGAAAUUUUAUCAACGAUUGGCUCGCCGUUACAGUACGGAUACCGGACGAAAAUUACGCCGCAUUUCCAGUUGAAGUCGGACGGCACCCCCGGUGAUCCGUUUUGCAUUGGUUUCAACGAUGUAUCUAGGCCGCGUGAAUGUCCAAUAGCUACUCCUGUUUUGAACGAGACACUACCUAUCUCUCGAAAGAAAAUUCAUGAUACUCUUUCAACGUUCAAGAAAGGCUCAACCCUACUCUUGCGGGAGUCUCUAAACACCGAUGUGCCUCUCCCUUUAUCUUUAUCUCUGACACCUGACGAGCUCGCCGAUGCGAUGAACACCAAGAUCUGCAUAACAAACAAUAAUUCUUCGGUGCGGGAACGUGUAGAUAACACAUUUUUCGAAUUUAACGGUGGAUCGUUCUUCCAAAACAACAACUCCAUCCUUCCCACUUUUACACAAUAUAUCCGCGAAGCCAUAUUCCCCCCCGGGAUCGUCUCGAAACCGACUCACCUUAUCGAUACUUACUGCGGAGCGGGUCUGUUCGCCAUCACUCUGGCGCCCUACUUCGACGUUGUCUCAGGUAUAGAACUCUCUGCAGACUCGAUCAUGUACGCCAAGCGUAAUGCGCGACUCAAUAACAUUCCCUCGACGAAAUGUUCAUUCAGAAAAGGUGACGCCGCGAAUAUAUUUGACGUUGUCAAAGAAUUUCCUCCGGAACAUACAGCGGUGGUUAUCGACCCACCUCGAAAGGGUACAGAUAUGAAUUUCAUCAAUCAACUGGUCGGCUUUCUUCCGCAGACGGUGGUGUAUGUGAGCUGUAAUGUCCAUACGCAGGCGAGAGAUAUAGGACUGCUCUUGAGGGCGGUGGAGUUUGAUUCGAGAGGGAAAAAGUAUGUGUUGGAGAGCCUCCGAGGAUUCGAUCUGUUUCCUCAGACUUCGCAUGUGGAGUCUGUAGCAGUACUCAGGCUUUACAAUAAAGAAGGUUAA